AUGAAGAGGAAAGCAGAUAAGCAGCAGAACUCUGCUUUCCCUACAGCCCCUCGCUCAGCUGUUAGUGCUGUUGCUGCACGUCGAGCUCGCCAACAGCAGCAACUACAACAGUCCGAUUCCUCGCAUGAUACCGCGCCAAGCGAGAACCAAGAAAGUGAGCCACCGACGAAAAAGGCGCGGUCAUGUCCAGAGAGACACUUGCAAGAUGUGCCGUCAAAUCAUACAAGCUUGGAAGGAAGCCGUCUGGCUGCUCCAGUGAAAGCUAUCUCGGAGGACCUAGCUUUCGAAUUGAGCAAUGCCGAUGCCGCAGAAGAUGAUUUGAGUGGAAGUGAUGAAAUAAUAAUCGACGAUCAUGUCGGAGAAGAGGAGGGUACAGAUCUCCGUGACAAUGCAAACCAAGGUACUCCGUCACGGAUAUCUACUAUCUCUGAAAAUUUCACACUUUCAAAAAAUCGCGUACGGAAGAGCGAUAUUGUCUAUAGCGAUGAACACAUGCUAUGUGUGCGACUAAAAGAGAAGAUGACACUGGUUCUCAUAGGUAUCUACGAUAUUUGGGUUAAGAGAGGUGUCAUCAGCCUAAUGGGCGCGAAACUGCAUCCUUCCACAAAGACUUAUAGGGUAUAUGCGCCAUCUACGCAUUCACUCCCUGUCAUCAAGUGUGUAUCCGGUGUUGAGGGUUUUGCAGAGAUUGAACUCCAGUCUUGCUCUAGCAAUUUAUACGGACUCAAAGCGCUAUCGCCUCAUUAUUCAAGAAUUUGGAAUAGUAGUAAGACUGUCGGGGACAGCACAACCCUUAACGGAUCCUUUAAGCGAUCAUUCUCGAUACUAUAUACAUCAUCGGAUGAUCCGCUGAAUCGACCGUUGCGUCCUCUUCACUUGGAGAAAAAAUGGAGCACCACGAUCAAAUCUGUUUCGCGCCGUGCACAUUCAUUACGGGCCUUGAUAUGUGGCCCAAAAGGUGCCGGGAAAUCGACUUUUGGGCGCUACCUGCUGAACCAUCUUUUGACGCCUGCGCCAGACGGAAAUUCUGAUAAUCUAAAUGGAGUUGCCUUCCUCGACCUUGACCCCGGACAACCAGAAUUUGCGCCUAUGGGAAACAUAUACCUUGCGCAUCUUCGCGAGCCGUGCUUCGGACCACCAUUUUCUCACCCGAACUUGGAGAGUUCACGUUAUGGAAAGAUUGUUCGGUGCCAUCAUAUAGGAGCAACUUCUCCGAAAGAAGAUCCCGAUAACUAUGCGUUGGCCAUAAUGAAUCUCUUUGAUCAGUAUCGCAUGCUAUCUGCGAUGUAUCCCCGAUGUCCUCUUAUCAUAAAUUUUCCAGGUUGGAUAUUCGGGUUGGGGUUAGAGGUUGCUACCUGGAUUAUACGAUCGACAGCGCUUUCGGAUGUUGUAUACAUGAGUGAAAAGGGUCCUGCUGAGGUCAUUGAGCCAUUGGGACACGCAGCUUCAGAAGCCAGUGUUACUCUAACCACCUUACCUUCUCAGCCGGUUGAUUUGGUUACAAGGUCGAGUGCCCAAUUGCGAUCAAUGCAAAUGCAGUCAUACUUCCACAUGACGCAGCCUGAGGGUUUGUCAGAUCCGUUGUGGACGGAUUCACCCCUUAUACACAACAAGGCCAUCUCCGUCAGUUAUUCAGGUCCCCGGCCUGGGAUAUCUGGGAUCAUGGUUCUAGGAAACCGUUAUAGCCCACAAGUUCUACGAGAUAUUAUAGACGGAUCGGUUGUGGCCGUCGUUGCGGUCGAAAAUGUCAGUGCAAUUCCGGGCUACUCAGAAACUGAAGCGAAACGAGACGGCGAUAGUCACACGGAAGAAGAGCCCACUGACGCUAUAGAUGAAGACCUCAUUGACGACAACGGAGGUUCCAACGUCGACGAUUCAGUAAUUCCUCAAAGCAACCAACAACUGAAGAGUCUCUUAAAUAAUAGUAUUACCCGCUGUCCAAACAGCGGCCUUCCAUAUCUCUUCUGGGGCGCAGGCAGUAGCACCCCAUUAGAUCCCAAAGCCUCCCGCUCGCUAGGCCUCGCAUUUGUCCGUUCAAUCGACGUGUCUUCACAGAAACUUGAACUGAUCAGCCCGAUACCUAGCUCUUCCAUCCGGGAGGCAAUCAAUCAAGGACACAGCCUUGUCCUCGUGAGAGGCAUGAUAGACAGCCCGGACUGGGCUUUCAGUGAGGAGUAUUACGCAGCACGCAACGCCGAGCAAGAUUUCAUUAUGACACAAUUAUCUUAUACGAAGAGGAAUAAGGAAGAAGGUCACGGCAAGGAUGAUGACGAAACACAAAAAGGACAAAAUGAAGAAUUGCGACGAUUGCAACAAUGCGUUCGUGCGGCGAGUAGAUUGCCGUAUUUGAAGGUUAUUGAUGAUGCUAGUGCUCUGCAUCAGAAUGAGGGUAAGCCGGAGAAUGGGACGUGGAGGCUUCGAAAGAAGGUUUAUAUCAGUAGUGAUAGCGAGCUUGACUGA